GCCUGUCAUAUCCCUGCGGUCCGUUCAGCGGACUCUUCAGCACCGGUGUGACAGUCAUGAGCUCCCGGUAUCUGCUCAUCACUGCUCUCUUCAUACACGUCUCUCUACAGGGAGAGCACCAGCGGCGGCUGUACAAAGACUUGAUGAGAAACUACAAUCCUCUCGAACGUCCUGUUUAUAAUGAUUCACACUCGCUCACCGUUUACUUCAGCUUCAGUCUGAUGCAGAUCAUGGAUGUGGAUGAGAAGAACCAAGUUCUGACAACAAACAUCUGGCUUCAACUGUAUUGGAUCGAUUACUAUCUGCGGUGGAACACCAGCGAUUAUCCCGGCGUGACCACCGUCAGAUUCCCAGAUUCUCUCAUCUGGAAGCCGGAUAUACUACUGUAUAACAGUGCCGACGAGAGAUUUGAUGCCACUUUCCACACCAAUGUGCUCGUCAACUCAUCGGGAUACUGCCAGUACCUGCCACCAGGUAUCUUUAAGAGCACAUGCUCCAUCGAUGUGCGCUGGUUUCCAUUUGACGUUCAGCGGUGUGAUCUGAAGUUCGGCUCGUGGACGUACGGCGGAUGGUCUCUCGAUCUGCAAAUGAUGGAGGCGGAUAUUACCGGAUACAUCGCUAAUGGCGAAUGGGACCUAGUGGAGGUUCCAGGCAGACGGAAUGAGAAGUUCUAUGACUGCUGUAAGGAGCCGUACCCUGACGUGACCUUUACCGUGGUAAUGAGGAGGAGAACACUGUAUUACGGGUUAAAUCUUCUCAUCCCUUGUGUUCUCAUCUCAACUCUCGCACUGCUGGUGUUCCUGCUUCCCGCAGACUCUGGAGAGAAGAUCUCACUUGGAAUCACCGUAUUGCUGUCACUCACCGUCUUCAUGCUUCUGGUGGCAGAAAUAAUGCCUGCCACGUCUGAUUCAGUGCCUCUGAUUGCUCAAUAUUUUGCGACCACCAUGAUGAUCGUGGGUUUGUCAGUUAUCGCUACAGUUCUGGUGUUGCAGUAUCAUUAUCACGACACUGAUGGAGGAAAGAUGCCGAGAUGGAUCCGUGUUGUCCUUCUCAACUGGUGCGCAUGGUUCCUUCGUAUGCGACGGCCUGGUGAGGAACGGAUCCGACUAGCCUGUCAUAACAAAAACCCUCGCCAUGGCAGUGUGUCCAGCAUAGAGCUCUCCGUCAGCCAGGGGGCGCUGCAGCCCACCAACGGCAACAUGCUGUACAUCGGGUUAAGAGGUAUGGAGGGCGUCCACUGCACAUCCCCGCACGACUCAGGUGUGCUCUGCGGGCGACUGAUGGGUUCCAGUGAGGAGGAUGUGUUGUUGCCAGGGGCAACGGUGCCAUCGCUAGGGGGCGGGGCUGGGAUUGGGUGCAGGGCUAGUGGAAGCAUUGUGGGCGGAGCUAUGGAACUGGAACUGGCAAAAAUUUUAGAGGAAGUAAGGUACAUUGCCAAAAGGUUUCGCAACCAGGAUGAGGACGAGAGCGUGUGUAACGAAUGGAAGUUUGCCGCGGCGGUAAUCGAUCGUUUGUGUCUCAUGGCGUUCUCCAUUUUCACAAUCCUUUGCACUAUUGGGAUCCUAAUGUCUGCGCCGAACUUUGUGGAAGCCAUCUCCAAAGAUUUCUUCAGCUAAAGAUAAAUGGACCUACAGUACCAUGAGGACUUCGUUAUUUUAUAUUUCUUUGUAAAUUGCGCAACAACAAGCAAGCAGCUGUCAUCUUGCGCUUACAAUGGGUGUGCUAUAUGGAGUA